ACUGUUUGGACAGGAAAUGGUUAAUGACGUCAAACUGGUGUGAUGGGCGGGGUUAAAAGCGUUACCUCCCCAGAAUCAAUAACCUCUAAUCACCGCCCCUCUCUGUGUUUUUCAGGUCGUGCGAUGGGAGUUUGUCUCUUCGGGAAACACUUGAGCUGAAGCGGCUGAACUGAACACGCGCACGGACACACACCUGUGCACACACACACCUGUGCACACACACCUGUGCACACACACCUGUGCACACACACACCUGUGCACACACACCUGUGCACACACACCUGGCCUCGGCCCACAGAAGGAGUCCUUUUUCACCUUCCAGUCAGACGCUGCCGUCCCACUGUGCAUCGCUGCAUCACCGUCGUCCACCAUGUCGGACGCCCCCGAGGCUGCGCCCCCCAGCCCCCCUCCCCUCACCAACCCGCCCCCCCCUGAGGUCACCAACCCCACCAAACCGGGCAGGAAAACCAACCAGCUGCAGUACAUGCAGAACGUGGUGGUGAAGACGCUGUGGAAGCAUCAGUUCGCCUGGCCCUUUUACCAGCCCGUGGACGCCAUCAAGCUGUGUCUGCACGAUUACCACAAAGUGAUCAAGAACCCGAUGGACAUGGGAACCAUUAAGAAGCGUCUGGAGAACAAUUAUUACUGGAGCGCCAGCGAGGCGAUGCAGGACUUCAACACCAUGUUCACCAACUGUUACAUCUACAACAAGCCCACAGACGACAUCGUCCUCAUGGCUCAGGCUUUAGAGAAGAUCUUCCUGCAGAAAGUCGCUCAGAUGCCUCAAGAAGAAGUCGCUCUGCUGCCUCCGGCGCCCAAAGGCAAGAACAAGAGCAAACAGCCGGCCGCCACCACAGGUGAGACGGACACAGUGAGUCAACAGGCUGAGUCUUCAGCCUCCCCUCCCCCCUCCUAUCCCUCCCCCUCCCCCUCUCAGACGCCGGUAAUCUCGACCACGCCCACACCAGUCCAGGCCACGCCCCCUGUGUCUGCACCUCAGCCUCCUGCGACCUUGAUGCCAUCUGCCCAGCCUGUGGUUAAGAAGAAAGGCGUGAAGAGGAAAGCUGAUACCACCACUCCGACCACGUCGGCCAUCUCUGCCGGCCGCGCCGACUCUCCGUCUGCUCAGGACGCCAAACCGGCUAAACUGGCCUCGUCUCGCCGCGAAGCCGCCGCCCGCCCCACCAAGACCCGGCGGGACACCGGGGACGACCUGGCGGCCAGGGACGUGGGCGCCGGAGGUGUCGGCCCCGGGGGGAGGAAAGGCGGUAAGCUGGGCGAGCAGAUGAAACACUGCGACGCCAUCCUGAAGGAGAUGCUCUCGAAGAAGCACGCCGCCUACGCCUGGCCCUUCUACAAGCCCGUGGACGCUGAGGCGCUGGAGCUGCACGACUACCACGACAUCAUCAAACACCCCAUGGACCUCAGCACCAUCCGGAAAAAAAUGGAUAAAGGCGAGUACAGCGACCCUCAGAGCUUCGCCACUGACGUCAGGUUAAUGUUCUCCAACUGCUACAAGUACAACCCCCCAGACCACGAGGUGGUGGCCAUGGCCCGCAAGCUGCAGGACGUGUUUGAAAUGCGUUUCGCUAAAAUCCCCGACGAGGGCCUGGAGGCGUCGGUCCCCACCACGACACCGGUGGUCAGCAAAAGCACCGCCUCCUCCGACAGCAGCAACAACUCCUCCUCUGACGAAUCAUCCGACUCUGAGGAGGAGCGGGCCACGCGAUUGGCUGAGCUACAGGAGCAGUUGAAGGCGGUGCAAGAGCAGCUGGCGGUCCUGUCCCAGGCGCCGGUCAGCAAGCCAAAGAAGAAGAAAGAGAAGAAAGACAAGGAGAAGAAGAAAGAGAAGGAGAAAGACAAGGGAAAUAAAGGCAAGAUGGAGGAAGAGAAGAAGCCAAAGGCCGCCGCCCAGCAGCCCAAACCGGCCAAUCAGAAGAAGGCGCCAGCCAGAAAAGCCAACAGCACGGUGACGGCCACCAGGCAACCCAAGAAAGGCAGCAAGACGUCGGGCAGCGGCUCGGCCAACGGGGACGACGGCGAGGAGUCGUCGCUGCCGAUGUCGUACGACGAGAAGCGGCAGCUGAGUCUGGACAUCAACCGGCUGCCGGGAGAGAAGCUGGGCCGCGUCGUGCACAUCAUCCAGACCAGAGAGCCGUCGCUGAGGGACUCCAACCCCGACGAGAUCGAGAUCGACUUCGAGACGCUCAAACCCUCCACGCUCCGAGAGCUCGAGCGCUACGUCAAGUCCUGCCUGCAGAAGAAGCAGAGGAAGCUACUGCAGAAGGCAGCUGGAGGCGGGGCCUCAGGAGGCGGGGCUAGUCGUUUGAGUGGCAGCUCCUCUUCCUCCUCCGAUGACAGCUCCUCGACAGGAACCUCCUCAUCCUCCGACACAGACUGAACACGCGUUCACACACACACGUGUCACUGAACACACACACACACACACACCUGAACAAACACAAAGACGGAGACACUCUGAACUCGUUACACACGUUUAAACAGACUGGAUGUAAAUAGGCUGACCUGUUUGUUUUUUUAGCUCCUAGUGCUUUUGUUUUCCGUUUUAUUUUUCCGCUAUUGGAGGACUGCAGACAGAAGAAAGUGAUGUGGGCGGAGUCAGGUAGAGCGAUGGGCAGCCCGUCUGGGAGUCUUACUGAUCUGUGGACAGAAAUGCAACCGUCGAGACUUUCUUUCUUCGUCUUUUUCUUCUUUGUGGACGGCCGGCGGUGACCCCUGACCUCUGAAUACAUUCCACAAGUAUCAUUGGAGAGGAGGAGCAGGUGAUCUCAGCAGGUUUGUGGAUACUGAGACGAAUGAGCGCAUCUCACGUUUCAUUUGAAGGUGUCGGCAGCGCCGCAGCAGAGAGAAGCCCUGACAAUGUCGGCGUGUGACAUCACAGAACAGUUUUACAGAUAACCGUUUUUUCUCUGAACCUGGCGGCAACGCGUUGUUUAGCCCCUCCUUCUGAUAUGCCGUCUGCUACUUUAAACUGGGAUUGAGGAAACCAGCGAGGUGGGAAACAGGCAGCAGUAUGGCGGUGGGCGGGGUCAGCAGGAAAAUACAGUUUAACAGUUUAAAGGUACUUUUUGUAAAAUCCAGUUUAAAUGUUCAAAUUAAAAGCUUUUCAAAUUAAAAGUGUCACUGAGGAGAAAAAGGAAGAACUUCAGUGUAAUACCAGUUUGUGCCACUAAAUGAAACCAGCGUAAACUUUAUUUAAAACGGGUAUGAGCACGCUCCUGUGCCAGUGUGAAAACUAAGAGGACAAGGCCUGACCUCAGUGGUGACAUGGCGCCCCCUGGUGGUGGAAUGUUUAGUUACAUUCUGCAGAAGGUUGUUACAAAAAGUAUCUUUAAUUCAAAACUUUAUUUAAACCAUUUUGAGGUAUUUAUGACGGGUAACCAUACCCUGAUUUUGUUGGUGGUUGGUUCAGUUUGGCGUUAAACCCUUUAAAACACGUAACAGGAAACUGCCUGCAGAUAGACAGAGGGCGUGGCCAUACCGCCUGCUCUGGAGUCCUCAUCAGGUGACGCUUUAAAAAGUGUCCAAGUGGACUCUUGACCGUCUCAGCGGGAAAUAAAGUUUUUUUGACUGAUCGACCCUUUGGAUCGAACCGGCUUCUGGAUCUUUCAGCUCCACCUUAAAAACCUCUGAGACCAACCCUGCCCCCUGCUGGUCCUGCAACCCAACACACAACUUCCUGUUUGUCCUUGGGGUCAUCGUGGCAAUGUGGGUGGGGUCACAGGAUCCUGACCCCGCCCCCAGCACGGCUCUGUCAGCACAGAGACGUUGAUUUGUUUUUUUUAACACUACAUUUCCUGUUUUUGAUUUUCAGGUUGUGUGCUGAACUUGUUUGUGUCUUAUAAGGUUCUCUAUAUAAAAUGUCUUUCUAUUGCUGUCCUGUUCAAGCGCCGCCCCCAUUCUCACCCGCCAAAAAAGAACCACUCACACUGUACCGCCUCCUCCUGUCAGGGUCCAAACUCGGAGCACCUCGUUUCUUUUAAAGCUUUUUAGACAAUUUAUUUUAAGGUUUUGGAGCUCGCUGCCGCUCGGAGGACAUCAGGACGCAGGAAACGAUUUCUGAGGAAAUGCCACGCCCACCGCAGUCACGACUCAUUUUCGCGAUUUCAGAAAAAACCCGUCUGUCGAGCGCUCGGUGGAUGUUUGUGGCUUACGUUGGGCAUUGUGGCGUCAGAUUUCUGAUCACCUGACACCAGUGUCAGACGGAUAGGCCUGUUGCCCUCUGACCUCUGUGGUUAGACCUCCGAUGGCGUUGGGCUCUCUGGGACGCGGCCAUAGUUGUUCUUAUUCCUGGACGCCGUGUCGGUUCUUGGCAAAGGAAGUAUCGACAAACAGGAAGUUUGUUUUCUCUGAAAUCCAUCAUGACGUUGACGCCGCGUCCUCGGUGGCGUUCUGAAUUUUGUACGAGCUGCAGAGCGCAAACAAAGAUGAAUCAUGAAUAUUAGACGUAGAGUUUUACUGAAGCUGUUGAACCGACAUGCCCAAUGAUAUAAAUGGUUUCCGAUUGGCUGGAGCCAGGGGGGCGUGUUCAGUAAAAUCUCUCCUCCCCUUGCUCCUCUGACCCGAUUAUUGGCGACCUCCAGCUGGAGAUCAGUUUACCUGUGGUGCCCCCUGAAGGUCACCUGGUAAAUGACAGGUGUUGGAGAAUAAUCUGGUGAUCACACGACCUCCGGGUGGCGCCACAUCGUCAUCGUUGUCACGGAUCUUUCCUUUAGCCUCCACGUUUUGUUUUGCGGGCGCAUUACGACUCGAUGGACCGGGCAAAGCGUUCGAUCGGGACGCCCUGCGACAGACAGGCGGACAGCUCGUUGCCACAGUAACCCUCCUCUUUGUUUUUAAUUGAUGGUUGAGCCUCGACGCUCAUAGUUAAUUUUGUAUUUUAAUAAGAAAAGGAAACAGUGGUUUUAUGUAUUGCAUGCACUCCGGCCGUACGUUUUUCUCGCGUAUGUUUGAGCGCUGUAUAGUAGCUGUAAAGUAGCCGUCUGAGGUUAGAGCGAGCUCCACUCGUAGAGACGCAGAGGGGACGAAACAAGUGAAUUAUUUGAUGUAAUUACUGAUAUGGGAUCCUUAUUUUCUGAGUUCAUUUGUUUUCAUAAAUAAACACAUAAACUGAAAA